AUGUCUCGCUACGCUGAAGCCCACGUCAACCCUCAAGGUGCUGGAGAUGCCCGACCAACCGCUCUCCAGAUUGUCAAGGAUGAAGGACUUGAGGGCAAGCUAAGUGAUAAGGUCAUUUUUAUCACUGGCGUCUCGUCUGGCAUUGGCACCGAGACAGCCCGAGCUCUUGCGGCUACCGGGGCUAGACUCUUCCUGACUGCCCGUAACCUUGACAAGGCCAAAACUGCCCUGGCUGAUCUCUUCAACUCUGACGGUAUCGAAAACUCUGGUCAUAUUGAACUUAUUCACUUAGACCAAGAGUCUCUGGAGAGCGUUCGCAAUGCCGCUAAACAGAUUCUAUCUAAGAGUGAUAAGAUUAAUAUCUUGAUCAAUAAUGCCGGGAUUAUGGCCGUGCAGACUCUCGAAUUUACCAAGGAUGGCCAUGAGCUUCAAUUUGGGGUCAACCACUUGUCCCACUUCCUUCUCUUCGAGCUACUUAAACCGGCAUUACUUGCAGGCUCCACGCCCGAAUUCAAUUCUCGGGUUAUUAACCUCUCUUCUGCCUCACAUGGCAUCCACGGCAUCAAUGAUUGGGAUAACUAUAACUUCCAAAAGGGUGGAUAUAAUCCCUUUGUCGCCUAUGGGCAGUCUAAGACGGCCAAUAUCUAUUUCGCUAAUGAGAUUGAGCGACGAUAUGGGUCUCAAGGUCUUCAUGGUCUAAGCGUGCAUCCUGGCGAGAUCGACACUGGCCUCUCUCGUUAUCUCGACCCAGAGUUCAUCGCACAGGCGGCAUCCAGCGAGGCGCUCCAGAAGCGCCUUAAGAGUCCUCAGCAGGGAGCGGCAACAACUGUCUGGGCAGCUAUUAGCAAGCAGUGGGAGGGAACUGGAGGGAAGCUCUUAAAUGACGUCGCUGAGGCAGAGCCUGCAGAUGAGAGUAACGGCAGGUUCUCCAAGGGGUACGCCAAGCACGCGUAUGAUGCAGAGAAAGAAGCUCGGCUUUGGAACGACUCGCUUAAGCUUGUUGGAUUAGUUUGA